AUGGCGGCCAGUCACGACUUUGCAGCUCCCGCUGUCGACCGCGCCCUCACAAUGAACAUCGACCAACCCGUAGCCGGCGGCUUCGUUCUCCCUGGCACGAGGCAAAAGCGUCGCCAAAACAGCGCCUCGGACGAAGAGCGCCUCAAAUUCAUCUCUAAGCUUCCCCCUGGGUACCGAGGCCACCUCGUCGCCGUCCUCGGUGAAUUCGUUGGCACGUUCCUCUUCCUCUUCUUCGCCCUCUCUGGUACGCAAGUGGCAAAUACUUGGAAGGACCCUGGCGACCCAGCGCGGUUGAUGUACGUCUCGCUUUGCUUCGGCUUCUCUUUAGCUGUGAAUGCUUGGGUGUUCUUUCGCAUUUCGGGUGGACUGUUCAAUCCCGCUGUCACUUUCGGAAUGUGCAUUGUUGGCGCUUUGACCUACGUGAGAGGUGCGCUAGUCACCGUCGCCCAAAUACUUGGGGCAAUUGCAUCGGCAGGGGUUGUGGGCGCGCUAUUUCCAGGCCCAUUACAAGUGGACACACAGCUUGGUGGGGGAACGAGUAUCUCACAAGGCUUAUUCAUCGAAAUGUUCUUGACGGCUAUGUUGGUAUUUGCGAUUUUCAUGCUGGCAGCCGAGAAGAAUCAGGCGACCUUCAUUGCACCCGUGGGCAUUGGGCUGGCAUUGUUUAUUGCCGAAUUGACGGGUGUCUUUUUCACCGGUGGUUCUCUCAACCCAGCAAGAUCUUUUGGACCGGCUGUUGUCAAUAGAUCAUUCGAUGGAUAUCAUUGGAUCUAUUGGGUUGGUCCAUUUCUCGGCGCACUCCUUGCAGCUGCCUUCUAUAAAUUUAUCAAGAUGCUCGAGUACGAGACUGCGAAUCCGAGUCCAGAUCUUGAGCGGCAGAGAAUGAUAGACUCGGAAGACGAAACAAAUGGCAACCAAGAUGUUCUUGACCUUCCUGCUGUCUCUGUGAAUGUGACUGGCUAUCGUGAUUCUAUGAAUGGACCAGAAGAUGGUGGUCUGAACAAUGUCACUCUGAGCCAGGCACAAGACAAAGAUCUGCAAGCCAAAUUUGACAUUGAAGUUGAAGGAACCAACACCGUACUGAAAGUCAACACCGCAGGAAGGACGACUGUUGAUCAAGUGAAGAGGCUGCUACACCAGUGUUAUGUCGAGAUUUGUGCAAAGCCACACAGAGCGGAAAGCUUUGGAUACUAUAAAUGCAGCGGUGGUGGACUAGAGAUGGUUCUUGGGAAAGUAUGGAGCAGGGAACCGACAUGGCAGCAUUUUCUCGACGCGGUUGAUGGGCUGUACAUUUAUUGUGUGAUGCAGAAACAUCCUUGGACAAUGAGUUUGCAAGUUUUGAGCGCGGGAAUAAAGGUGGCGAGUGGCGGUGUAACCGACGCUCCGCAUGGAGGACAAGAUUUGGAGUGA